UAUGGGAGUAUUUCUGACGUCACGCGGCUAAAUGUAGCAUUAGAAGCUCCGUUGGAGUGAGGAUUUUACCUUUAGAAAGGGAUUUUACCUUGAACUUCUUCCUCUUUUAUGGUUUUAACACAGAAAUGACAUAUUUUAGAAUUGAUUGUCCAUAAUAUGCACUAGAUUUUCACGAUGUUUAAAUGUAUACCGCUUUUUAAAGCUUGCAAUAGACAAGUUGAAUAUAUAGACAGGAGACACAAUAAUCUGACAGAUGUGCCCGAUGAUAUUUUACGCUACACACGUUGUUUAGAAGAACUUUUAUUAGAUGCAAAUCAGCUGAAGGAUUUACCAAAGGGAUUUUACCGACUUGUUCAGCUUAGAAAACUGAGUUUAAGCGACAAUGAAAUCGGCAGAAUCGCACCAGAGAUCUCAAAUCUUAUUAACCUCAUGGAACUUGAUAUCAGUCGGAACGAUAUUGGAGAUAUUCCUGAAAACAUAAAAUUCUGUAAAAACUUGCAAGACUUCGAUGUCAGCAGCAAUCCUCUAACAAAACUACCACCUGGGUUUACACAGCUCCGUAACCUGACAAGGUUGGGAUUAAACGAUGUUUCCUUGGACCGACUGCCUCAGGAUAUUGGAAGUUUAUCCAACUUAGUAUCAUUAGAACUACGUGAAAACAUGAUCAAGAAUCUUCCUCAGUCUAUUUCAUUUUUAAGCAAACUAGAGAUUUUAGAUUUAGGCAGCAAUGAGAUCGAUGAAUUGCCAGAGAUCAUAGGUACCUUACCUAGCCUUCAGGAACUAUGGUUAGAUGGUAACGAUCUCACUGAAUUACCUCCGGAAAUUGGCAAUUUGAAGAAGUUAUCUAUCCUUGAUGUAUCUGAGAACCAGCUGGACUACUUACCAGAGGAACUUGGUGGUUUACAAUGUUUGACAGAUCUGUGUUUAUCUCAGAACUGUUUGGAGAAUCUUCCUGAUGGAAUUGGACGAUUGAGAAAGUUGACGAUAUUUAAGAUUGACCAGAACAGACUGCUGAACUUGACCCCAACAAUAGGAAAUUGUGAUAACCUACAAGAGCUAAUAAUAACAGAAAAUUUAUUAUCAGAUUUGCCAAUAUCAAUUGGUAAAUUAAAAAGUAUGACAGUUUUUAAUGUGGACAGAAACAGACUGACAGACAUCCCUGUAGAAAUUGGUAAAUGUCUACGACUGAACGUCUUAUCAUUACGAGACAACAGAUUGUUGAGGUUGCCACAGGAAUUAGGAAGAUUGGAAGAUUUACAUGUCUUAGAUGUGUCUGGAAAUAGGUUAGAAUAUUUACCUAUAACUGUAGCAAAUUUAAAUCUGAAAGCCUUGUGGUUGUCUGAGAACCAGGCAAAACCCAUGUUAAAAUUCCAGACAGAUUUUGAUGAGAGGACUGGACAACAAGUCCUGACAUGUUUUCUGUUACCCCAGCAGGACUUCCACACAGAAAGUAUGGAGAAUUUAUUACGUGGUAGUACCACAACCGACCAAGACAGUCGACUAAGUGAUCAUAUUGAGCGUCACAGAGACAGUAAAAUCCACUUUGAUGUACCAAAAGAAGAUGACACAGACACAGAAAGUGAAGGGAGCCAUUUCCAGAGGCAUGAUACUCCCCAUCCUAAAGAUCUUAAGAAACGUUUCUUGAAAGGAAAAACAUCUAUUGACGGCCAUGUCAUCCCACAUCAGGAAAAGAAAAAGGAGGAUCUAGUUUUUAUGCCAUCACGAGACAAUGAUCCCAGAUGGUCUAUGACAAUUGAUGUAGAAAAACCACAUACAGAAAAGAAGAGUCCUCACCAAUCAGAACAUCCACCUGUUAUAAAAGCUCCUGAAUUAGAGGGACCACCUCGCUACCAUGGACCCUCUGAUCAUAGACACAAACAUGAGAAAGAGGAGGAAGAUGAUAGGGAGCAUGCUAAAGAAACACAGCCUCUUAUCAAGGAGGUCAUUAUCUCUGAGGCACCCAAGGUCACUUAUGAGGAGCACAAUGGUUACUAUGACGACCAAGUAGAGGAAGAAACACGAGAGAAGAGUGAAACGGAGCAUGAGGAGCAAGAUCAGGAUAAAGAGGAAUAUUCUGAUUCUGAUGAUGAAAAUGGGUACAGAGAAAAAGUUGUUGGAUUUGACGUAAAAACGGAAGAAAACACAGAAAGAACAACAGGCCUUCGCCGAAGAGACACACCCUACUACAAGAAAAACAAGAGGGUUAAUCUAAAGGAUGAACAAUCUAGGGAUAAAGUACUGGAAAUCUUGGCACAGAUUGCUGCAAAGAAAGACGGAGGAGAAACACAGAGUGAUGGUGCUGAUGGUGAAAACAAGGAACCAGAAAUGGAGACUGAGCUAAUAAAGAUCCAGAUAAACAGGCAACCAGGUCAAGGUCUGGGUAUCUCCAUUGCUGGAGGAAGAGGUUCUACUCCAUUCAAGGGAGACGAUGAGAGUGUGUUUAUUUCGAGAGUUUCUGAAGAUGGCCCUGCAGCAGCUGCUGGUGUUACAGUCGGAGAUAAGUUACUUUCAGUAAAUGGUGUGAAUCUGAUUGAUGCUGACCACUAUGACGCAGUAGAUGUUCUUAAGUCCAGUGGAAAUAAUAUAACAAUGGUUCUUGGCAGAGAAAAAUUAGUGGAACCAAAAGAAGAGGAACCAAAAGAGGAAGAAGAGGAACCAACAACAGGCUUUGCUACAGUUUCGUUUGAACAAGAACCUGGAACAGAAGUUUAUGGAGAGAAAAUUUCGACAACAUUACUACGUGAUCAUACAGGGUUAGGAUUCAGUAUUGCAGGUGGUCGUGGAUCAAUACCAUUCAAAGGCAAUGAUCAGAAAGUUUAUUCCUUUCUGGAGGCUAUUUAUAUCUCUCGUGUGGUAGAUGGAGGGAUUGCUCAAAGGGACGGUAAAAUUCAGGUUGGCGAUAAACUUUUAUCUAUCAAUAGUGUAGACAUGCAGGAUGCCAGACACGAUCAGGCUGUGGCUCUGUUGACAGGUGUAGAUAAUGAAAUUCGAUUGGUUGUGUAUAGGGAGAAAGUUGUCCCCAAGGAGGAAGCUGUGGUGUCGCCACCUAGUGGUGAGAAACUGGAGAAAAUCACUCAGCCAUUGAUAAGCUGGCAGCAAACACCUCCCACAACAGGACUUAAUGAUACAUUUUUGAUAACUCAGUCUCCUGUGGUGGCCUCAUCACCGGCAACAAUACCGAGUGAAACCUUUACAAUGACCCAGUCAUCGGUGGUCUCGUCUGGUCCUACUGUUCAACCCAUCACCAACAGUCCAAGUCCAUACUCGACUACUACACCAUCUUCAUUUACAUAUCAAUCACAGAAAUCUCCACUUUCACCUCAUCAAGUUUCACCGCAGGCUACCUUGUCACCUCGUCAAGAAACAUCGCCAUCUGUUAGUCCACGUAAUGUGUCAAGUGAUUGGUCGACGACACCCACUACUGCUGUUCAACCGCCAAGAUUUGUAUAUCCUGGUUUUAAAUCACGGACUACAUCUAGCAGUAAAACUGUAGAAAGCAAAAACAUUGAAAAUGAAAGUAGAAAUAGUCAAAGUGAAAGUAGGAAUAUAAUGCACGAACAACAAAAUAAAACAGUAACAUUUGAAAGGGAGACAAUCAAAUCAAAUCAUGUGACUUUUAACAGCAGUGAUUCUAAGCAUGCAAUAGAUAAUAUAACAAUAGUGAAGGCCGGAGGACCUUUAGGUUUAAGUAUAGUUGGAGGAAGUGAUUUAUCUAGUCAUCCUUUUGGCGUAGAUGAACCUGGAAUAUUUGUGUCAAAGAUAAAUCCUGAUGGUGCAGCAUCUAGAACUAACUUAAAAAUUGGUGAUAGAAUUUUAUUGGUGAAUAGUAAAGAUGUAACAAAAUGUAAACACCAAGAGGCAGUAAUGGCAUUAAUAGCUCCUACUUAUGAUAUACAUUUAGUUGUACGACACGACCCUCCUCCUAAAGGCUUACAGGAAUUAUCAGUAUUCAAGUCACCUGGUGAAAAGUUGGGAAUGAGUAUAAAAGGUGGUUCUAAGGGAACAUAUAAUCCCGAUGAAAAAUUAGAUGAAGGAAUAUUUAUCUCCAAGAUCAGUAGUGAUGGUGCCGUAGCUAAAGAUGGUAGAUUGAAAGUAGGUCAGAGAAUUCUAGAGGUGAACGGUACAAGUUUGAUAGGAAGUACUCAUCAAGAAGCUGUCCGUGCUCUCCGUAGUGUGACAGACAAAAUGAUCAUUAUGAUCUGCGAGGGGGAGGACCCAGAUUCACCUAAUUUAACAUCACCUGAUUCACCCAACGCUCCAGUACCACCAAGGUUACGAGACGGAUCAGUGUCGAGCAUUGACAAAGAUGAUGAAGACCAUAACAUUAUUCGCAAGGAACAAGAAAUGGUCAGAGAAACAGAAGAGUGGGAAAAGGAACAACUAGAAUCAAAGCAACAACAGAGAAAAGAUGCUCAGAUUAAACCAGGUACAGAAAUUUCUCCAAGCAAGAUUCCUAAAGCAAGAUUUGAUCCCAAAAUAAAUACUGGUUCUGUGAUUAAUCAAGUGCCUCCAGAUCAAAAGUCUAACCCUCCAGAUGUCAUUCCUGUGACACCUGUGAAAACUGAACAGAAACCUGUCCACUCUGACCAACCUGUCUAUUCUGAUCAAACUCACAUCAAGCGGCCACCUGUUCCUCCAAAACCCCCGACAAGACAUGAAGAAUUAAAUGUUUCGUCUAGAAUUCCUUCAGUCAGACCUGUUAGCCCAGCUAAACAUGAUGACUUGACAUCAAGUGUGAUCAAACAGUCCAGAAUUCCAACAGCUAAAGUGGCGUUCAUGGGUAUGGAGGAAAGUUUUGAUGAGAAAUCAUCGCCCGACACUUCACCCAAGCAUGAUAAUUUGACAGCAAGUGUAAUCAAACAGUCAAGAAUACCAAUGGCAAAAUCUCCAUCUUUAUCGAAGGAAGAUAGCUUAGGCGAGGAUUCAUCGAUGAAAUCAAACACGCCUUUACCGCCGCCUAAAAUAGACACUGAUUCUGCUAAGAUAUCCCGUAUUCCAAUGGCAUCACCGCCACAAAGUGCUAGAGACAGUAAAACAAACCUUGACAUUAUAAGACAGUCUCGGAUUCCUGCAGCCAAGUCACAUGAUUCAGAUGAUCCAAUCAAACAAUCACGUUUACCGACUGCCAGACUGUCGAAGCCAGAACUACCAUCUAAACCUAAAGUACCGAGCAAACCGACAAAUAUCGGUGGACAAUCUUCUUCUCUUGAUGCUAUUAAACAAUCGCGACUUCCUGCAGCCAAACAGGUUGAAAUUAAGACACCAACUUCACCAACCUUGCCUCCUCAGAUUGAGCACGGAGAAGAAUUGCCAUUUAAGCUGAAGAAGAAAUAUUUUGAAAAAGAGAUCAAGGAACAUACUGAAGAGAAACCAUCAGCUAAGAAGUUUACGUUCUGGUCACAGCAUGAGUUUGAGAAAAUGAAAGAAGCUGAAGAAAUGAAAGUAAAUAGUAUGACGACAGAGGAGCUGGUAUCUGAUGUCACUAGUCAGGUCAACUCUCACGACGAUUAUGAAGGCGAGAUUACAAGUCCAUCCAGAAUACCUGUGCGGACACUUAAAGCUGAAAAACGCAUGCAGGAUCGUCUCGAACAGGAAGGACUUGAAGCGCCAUCUACUGAGGACAAAAAAUUAUCUCCUGCUGAAGAGAGGGCGCUCCAAGCAGAGAAAAGGGCAGCAUGGCGUGCCGCCAGAAUGAAGUCGUUAGAAGUUGAUGCCAUGAAAGCAGAAGCUGUGAUUGCCAGGGUCCAGGAACUUAAGAAAAAUACUGCUGUAGAACUUGCCUUUGCAGAAGAGGAAGAAAAUAAAUUGAAUCAGAAUGGAGAAAAUUCUAUAGAAGUAACAAAACAGAAUAUAAUAGAACUAAAUAUUGAGGGAGGAGAGUCAGCGUCAUGAAAAAUAUAAAGAUUUAGUCAAGAGCUCAAGAGAAGCCAUUCCUCACACAGCCAAAUGUUUAGAUAAUUAUAUUUUACGGAGUGACCUUUGACCUUAAGAGGAUAGUUAUAUAUUUUAUAACAUGAUGAUUUUAUCAUUACCCGUUUUUAUACAUUGACAAGUUAUUUAUAAAUUUUAAAAAGUGUUCAUAGAUAUAUAUAUAAAUAUGUAUAAUUUCUUAAUAUGUGAUAAUUGUGUAUUAAACAACAGGAAACAUACAUGUAUUAACCAGUUUUCAAGCAAGGUUGUAUUGAUUUUAUAAAAUGCCAAAUUGGUAUUAGCUUCGGCAAAACUUAAAUGAAGUUUAUAAAGGUGAAAGUUAUCUGAAAAUAUUUUUUUUUUACUUUGGCAAUACUUAAUUCAGUACUUGUAACUUUUUAAUAGCGCUGGAUGAGGCUUUUUAAAUAUUUUUUGAUAAAUAAAUCAGAACUGACUUGUAACAAGAUGAUUGGUUAACACAUGUAUGAUUUCUGUUUUGAUAUGAAAAUUUAUUGUGCAUUUGUUUUAUUUGUUUUAAUUAUGUAAUGUAAGGUUGAUCUGAUUUUGUUUUAAUUUCUGGUUUGUUAAACGGUACGUCUUCUUGUCUGUUUCUUUCCGUCCAGAAUCUCUACACUGACAAAAGAGUUCCAGCAGUUUCAUAAUGGACCUUUGAUCAAAAGUUAUUUAAAGAUUUGAAAUACACAAAGUUCAAUCUAAAUUUAAAGUGAAAAUUUUUGAUUUUUUUUCAUUCCAAGAUAAUAAGGACAUUUUUUUUUUUUGAAAAGGGACAGUUUGAAGUUGGAACAGUUUCCGAUUUAUUUUAUUUAAAAGAAAUUAGAGAUUUGAUGGGAAUGGAAUGCAAUGUUACAUAUACUAUUAACAGGGACUGGCAAAUAUGGAGAAUCAAUGCUUUAAAUGUAUUAAAUUCAACAAAUCAAUUGUACAAACAUGAUUUUUACAUUGAUAAAAAUAACAAACAUACUUUUUCGAGAGGAUUUAGAGGAAAACUGAAAUAAAAUAAAAUUUUCAAUAUAUAUGUAUUGAGUGUUUUUUGAAAAUAAGAAUAUGUAAUAUUUAGUAACAGUUGAUGAACACACUUUUAUAUGAAAUAUAUAUUAACUGUAAGUUUUUAAAAUAAUAAUGUAGUUUUAAAAUUAUAGACCCAUUUGAGAUUUUAAAAAGAUGUUUUCAUAAUUAUGAAUGAUAAAGUCAUGAUAAGUGGUGGAGGUCAUCUCCCCUGGCUAACAUUCUGCAUGCAUUUGUAGACAGAAGAGUUCUGGACUUUUCUUAUGAAAUAUAGACCUGGAUUUGAAGAUGAACUUACCAUAUGUUUAAAUGUUUUAAAAUAAGGAUAUGAUCAAGCUUGUGUUUAAUGAAUGGAAAAAACAGAAGUUAGAAAAAUGUUCCUAAUUAGGACACAAUAAUUAUAAGCAAUUGGGCAGAUGGAAUAAAGAAUGGCUGUAUUUUUAAUUCAAGUAUAGAUUGUAGUUACAUGUAUAUGCCCCAAAUAUACUUACUCGAAAAUACAUAGCAAAACAUAGCCAUACCUAGUGGUUUCAUUGUAAUCAUUACUUCAUUUGUCAUAAAUUUUCGAUCAUGUUCAGGAAAUUAUCAAUUGUAAUUUCCCAUCUUCAAAUUCGUCUUCAAGACAUUAAACUGGCAUUUCUACAUAGAAGAAAUUACUGGUGCAAUGUGAUGAUUGUGUGUGAUGAGAGUAGCUUGAUUCCCCUUUAAAAAAAUCUCUUUACUUUCCCUAUAAUAGUACAUGUAGAAGAUACUGGCCUUUUGUUGAAAACAUUUAUAAAAUGGACAAAAUUUUAUUAUCAUUUCAAUAAGUCUUGUACAUUUAUUUUAUGGUUAAAUGUUUUGAACAACUUGACCUCAGUGUUAAUUUUUCGAAAAAGAGGUUAUUCAUGAAAGGGGAUAGUUUGAUUAUUAUUAAUUGAUAGAGCAAAGUUUUUGUGAUAUUUUGUCUUAUUCUUUUUUAUAGAAAUAGAAACAAGUAGGAUUUAAAGAUUUCUCUUUAACAUUUUCUUGCCAUUUUUGUAGAAUUUGCACCUUUUUGAAAAGCACAUAAGUUGAGGCUGUAUUAGUAAAAAUCUUUCCAUUUGAUACAAUUUCUAAAUAUAGAUCAAAUGGGUUUUUCCCAAAUUCUUAAUAUAGAGAGACUGGCAGGCAUGUGAAGCGUAAAUCUUUGUUGUAUUUGCUUGUUGAUUUUUUUGUAAAUUUAUAUGAUAUAGGAAUGUCCACUCAACUGUUAACCUUAUAAUGCAUUCUGUUUAAAAUGGUAUUUGUAAAUUCAAAUUGCUUAAAUGGAAAGGCUUGAUUCAAUCACCUCUGACCUUUACCAUCUCAAUAAUUUAGAUGUAUUAAAACUGGCAUUAUAUUUUUUAAAAGGUCUUGUCAAAAUCAAAAUAGAAUGGAAUCCUUGCAAAUUAAUAGGUUAAGAGAUUAUUGACACUGUCAUGAAAGAAAUAACAAUAAAUACAUUAUAUCAAACUUUGUACAUACAUAUAUGAAAUUUUGUUUUAUUCUAUGAACAUGAUUAGAUAGUUACUAACUUGUUAAAAACAGCACAUUAUGUACAAUUUAUGAACUUUUUUGUAAUUAUGUUUUCUUCCAAUUUUAGGCAGGAUGAAAUAUAUGCCUUGUAAGAAUCUUGUAAAUUUGUAUGAUAACUUUAACUGUACAUAAAGAUAUAUUUAUAUAAACUCAUUUAUAAGGUCUUGAUAAAGUUAAGGCCUUCCAAACACUAACAGUGGUUCCUGACCGUUUUUAGUAUAGUUUUAUUUUUAUUUGUUAUAAUUUGGCACACUUUGUUUUAUUUGUUUUAACAUCAUCAGUAUAUCUGUUAUAUGUAUAACAGCUUUUUUAAUUUUUAAUUUUUCCACAAUUCAUUUGCAUAUUUUAUAGUCUAUCAUAAUUUUAUACAUCAUUUAAAAAUACUACACAAAUUUGUCUCGACAAAGUGUUUGUUGCAGUCCAUAUAGCUACAUUGGAUACGGAAUAAGGAUAUAUGGUCAUUGCAGUAUUUAGAUGAAGAGACUGCCUUAAAAAUGUAGUUAAUUUAUCAACUUCGUUAUUAAUCCAUUUAUAGGAAGAGUUGUUAAUUUUUUAACCUUCAAUUGAUUAUGUUAACUGUUGGGACUUGAAUAAGAAAUACUUAAUUAAGGUAAAACAAAUGUGUCCAUUUAUGUGUUAUAUAUUCUCUGCUAGGAGUUCAAAUCGUUGACCAAAGGUCACUUGCAUAUCAUUAGUUUAAUAAUAUUUGUGUCUGCUUCCAACAUGAGAGAACACUAUGUAUAAACACCAAAUACUGUGGAUUCAUUUGAUUUCGUGGAUACCAAUUUGUGUGGAUUGAGCCAAAUUUGCUUGUUCAUGGAUAUUUAUUUUGUGGAUUUGCUGAAUUCUACAUCAAAGCGUAAGGAAAAUUUGUUAUUCAUUGGACAGUUAAAUUGGUGGUUCACCUGUACCCACGAAUUACACAAAAAUUGGUAUCCAACGAAUAAUAAUAAAUCCACGGUAGGAGUUGUGCAGCAAUAAUAUAAGGUAUAUGGUGUCUGGUCUAUAUUGGUGCAUAAUGCAUGUAAUCUUACUAUGGAAUAAUUAAUUGUAUGUAUGUAGUUUUAUAUUUAUUAACAUGAAAAAGGUAUUUAAAGAUUACAGCUGGGAUUUUGCUUAACAAGCUAAGAUCAAAAUUAAAGAAACAGAUUUGCUUCAGAGCCAGAUUUACAUGUUUAAUUAUUACGGCUAGGAUUUUGCUUAACAAGCUUAGAUCAAAAUUAAAGAAACGGAAUAGCUUCAAUGCCAGAUUUACAUUAUAAGGGCAUUAAAAAAUUAUGCUGUCUUUGUGUCGAUCAUUGUAGUUGUAAUAUGUGAAGUGGAAAAUUCAAAUUCCCACUUCCCACCUCAGUAAAACUCUAAAGCUUAUUUUUUUAAACAAGUUGGAUUUGACAGUUUAUGAAAGAAAUGAAUGUACCAGUAUAUAAAUUUUAUAUAAUUUUGAGAAAGACCAACUUCAUGUGUGAGUUGUGUGCAUUUUACACCAGGGAAAAUAAAUGAUGGAAAACAUUUUCUAAUUAUUGUCAAUUGAUAAUUUGUAUAUCUACUUAAAUCAAAAAUUAAUAUUCACAUAUUUUUUUUUAAUCCACUACAUAACCCAAGUUACAACCAUUUUAGUGCAGACUGCUUUUUUUAAGCGUACAGUGUAAAAGCUUUUAUACAAUAUUUUCUUUUAAUACACUUUUCACGUUUAAAUACAAUUUAAUUUUGUCUUUAUUUUUUCUGCAGAUUUUAUUCCUAACUAUUUUAAGGAGUUUUAUAUUACUUGUUUUAUGAAAUUGUUUAUUGUGAAUUUUUAAAUCUGUUUUUUUUUUGUGUCUAGAUUUGCUAGCAAGUAUCUGUAUUUUUACUCCAGCACCAAGUUGAUUAUUUCUACCAUAUUAUGUCAAUUUUCUGGUCAGUUUGACUCCAAUUAGUAUUACAAACUUAUUCAAAUUUCAAUAUUUUUUGUUUUAAAUAACAUUGUAUACACAGAAGUAUUGCUUAAUAAAAGAUAUCAAGCAUGUGGUUUUAGUUCCAUGUUGUUACUGUCAGAGCUACAGUACAUUUGUGUACCCGUUUGUGAUCUGGUUCCUUCCUUUAACUAGACCAGCGGUACCAGAUUCAGGAUCAAACUGAUCAGAAACUGACCCUUUUACAGCAGAAGUUUUUAUUAUAAUAUUGUUGGAUAGCAGUUUUAAAGCUUGUACAAAUGACAAGUGAAAUAUUAUAUUACCUGUAUUUAUAACAUGCUCAAGUAAUUAUUCCGUGUUUAACAAAAUCUGGUUUGUAAAUUCUAAACAUAAAAAUAAAGUAUAAAAGUGCA